AUGGAUGAGCAAGACUCAGCUGGGCCUGAAGCAGGAAGAGGCCAUUUCAUCCAAACUCUUAGCCAGAGAAUAAUCUGGGGAAAUUCUGUCCAAAGGAUCCUGGGUGAGGAGGACACCCUCCGCUCAGAUGUGCAGAGCCAGCAGCUCGGGCGGCUUUGCUACCAGGAGGCCAAAGGACCCCGAGAGGUUUGCAACCGACUCUACCGCCUUUGCCGUCAGUGGCUGAAACCAGAAACCCACACGAAAGCUGAGAUGCUGGACCUGGUGAUCUUGGAGCAGUUCCUGGCUGUCCUUCCACCAGAGAUGGAGAGCUGGGUGAGGGAAUGUGGAGCGGAGACCAGUUCCCAGGCGGUGGCCCUGGCCGAAGGUUUCCUCCUGAGUCAGGCAGAGGAGAGAAAGCAGGCAGAGCAGCAGGUGAGAGAGACUUUCCUCUGGAUACUUCCAAGGGGCUCCAAACUUGAGAGUAUCCCCCAAUUCUCUACUAAUUUUUUUGGAAAGCAUCCGAGGAAUGACAUCUGAUACCCCUAAAGUUUUUGUGUCCUUUGCCAUUCCAGUUCUAAUCUAAUUCUUUUGAAUGCUUGUUGCUCUUGCAGGGGAAGGAUCAGUUUCCAGAAAUGGGUCCGGAUUCUUCUGAGGUAGAGAGAACUCCGUUGGACUCCAGAGAGAGGCAACUGGGUAAGGAGGAAUGAGUUAUUUCUCCCCCAUUUUAUCUACAUCUUUUUUGGAGAAGACACGUGAAGUCAAGAGCCCAGAGAAAGGGUGAUAUAUUUUUGCACAACUAAUAUGUGAAAUGGUUACCAACGUUCACGUUUACAUGACUACCCUUAAUUUUUUGAAGGCCCACCUAUAGCUUUCUUUCUGAGUGAAGCAUUCACUAACCUUUUUCUCUCAUAGGAAACGGAACAACGCCAGCAAGACCUGUUUGUCCAUCUUUUCUUGGUGGCGAAGGGGAAGCUGCCCCUGUGGAACCAGAGCAGGUAGGAGGAAGGAGCCAUGUGGGGAGAGAGGAUGUCAUGGACGGGUUGGACACAGAGGAAAGGUGGGAGGAACUGCCUAGGAAAGAAGGGUUGAAUGCUAAAAUCGCCUUCUAAGCAGUUUACACACCACACCAAACAGUGGCCAGGAUUCACCCCAUCAGUCACACAAUGGGGCUUUCCCUCUCUCAUCCCCCCGGUCAUUGCCCCCCUGCGAACCUUGACGUUGUCUAUAGGGCAUCAGGAGGGUCCUCCCCACCUGGCAAGAACAGCACACAGGGAAAGAAGGAAGGGGAUCCUUCCAUGUGGCAAAUGGGGAUGUGUCCAUAAUGAAAUGUGCAGAAGAAGAAUCCCAUUAAAACAUAACAUCAGUUAAGAGGCAGAAGACAACAGAGCAAAGUGUAACUGUUCACCUUGAUGUUGUCUAAGAGGACAACCUUUUUCCUUUUCUUUUAGGGUCCAGUGUGCUUUGAAGAUGUAGCUGUGCAUUUCACAGGCGAGGAGUGGGCGUUGCUGGAUCCUGACCUGAGAGCUCUGCACAAGGAAGUCACGGAGGAGAAUCGUGGGAUGUUGGACUCUCUCGGUAAGGCUUCCUCUUGGAUCAUCCUAUUUGCUUUGAAAUUGAAGACAUAUCUCUAUGGGAGGAACCUUUGGUUUUUCGAUGGGGCUCAACAGCACCACCCACAGCUCCUUGGAUUCUAAUAUUCCCACAGAAAACCUUGGAUGGAAGACUAUCAUCAUCAUCAUCAUUAUCAUCAUCUGUCAGAUUUUUUGUUUCCGUUCUUGCUUCUUUCUGUCCUGGGUUGACUAAAGACGAGUGACAUUAGAGAUGGCACAGAUCCCAUGAGGCUCCAAUCUGUUUCUCUCUCAGUUGCAGGUGGUGAUGAAUUGGAGCUGAAGAACGAGGGAGACCACGACAAAAUCCACAGAGUGGGGAAGUCAUAUCCAUAUUCAGAGUGCAGAGGGAGCUUCAGUCAGAGCUCCCAUUCCACUUCAAAUCAAAGAAAUCCACUUGAGAAGAAACCCUAUCAGUGCUUGGAAUGUGGAAAGAGCUUCAGUCACAGAAACAAGUUCACUGUCCAUCAGAGAAUUCAUACAGGGGAGAAACCCUAUCAGUGCCAAGAGUGUGGAAAGAGCUUCAGUCAAUCGGGCGCUUUAACUUCCCAUUACAGAAUUCAUACAGGGGAGAAACCUUAUCAUUGCUUGGAAUGUGGAAAAAGCUUCAUUCAACAAGGCCAGCUUACUGUACAUCAAAGAAUUCAUACAGGGGAGAAACCUUAUCAGUGCUUGGAAUGUAGAAAGAGGUUCAGAAUAUCAAGCCAGCUCACAGUCCAUCAGAGAAGUCAUAGAGGGGAGAAACUUUAUCAGUGCUUGGAAUGUGGAAAGCGCUUCAGUCAGAGCAGCCGGCUCAUUGUCCAUCACAGAAUUCAUUCCGGGGGGAAACCAUAUCAGUGCUUGCAAUGUGGAAAGAGGUUUACUUGGAGAAUAAGUUUCACUUCCCAUCAAAGAAUUCUUACUGGAAAUAAAACCUAUCACUGCUUGGAAUGUGGAAAAAGCUUCAAUCACCAAGGCCAUCUUACUAUACAUCAAAGAAUUCAUAAAGGGGAGAAACCUUAUCAGUGCUUGGAAUGUGAAAAAAGCUUCAGUAAACAAGGCCAGCUACUGUACAUCAAAGAAUUCAUACAGGGGAAAAACCAUAUCAGUGCUUGGAAUGUGGAAAGAGCUUCACUUGGAAAAUAA